UGUCUGCGGGGGGGGGAGGAGGAGGGGGCGCGGCUCCCCCCCCCCCACGCACACGGCGAACGCAGAGACAGGGUGGAGGGUGUGGAGAGGGGAGCUGCUGCUGCUGCUGCUGCUGCGUUUGAAUGGGGCCAGGCGGGAGCCAGCAGCCGGCUGCCGUGUGGCUCGCUCCUCCUGCAGCAAGAGAAGGAGUCGAGGAAAGCGGGCGGCGGCGCGGUGAGGCAGCAAGGCAAGCGGGAGAGGCCUGCGCGCCGGAAGUGAGCGCGCUUGGAGCUGGCUGAGCCCGAGAAAGCUCGGCCGGCGGGGCUGCUCGCCGACGUUUGCGGUGGCUGCGGCUGGCUGUGUCGGGCUCAAGAGUGUGAGACGGAGGAGGAGGAGGAAGAAGGGGAAGGAAGUCUCGCCGCCGCUGCCGCCGCCAGGAGCCUCCCCUUCUGGCUUUGGGCUGGCACGGCACGGUGGACGGAGGGGGUGGCUCCAGUCUCGGCUAAAGGAAGCUACCACCAGCCCAGCCACCCAAGGCAGCGACCGCCGGCAAUAGGCAGGGCAUUGAGAGAGUGGCCGCCUCCGCCGCUGGGUCUCCAGCAACAGCCGCCGCCGCCGCCGCCACCAUGGAGCAGCUAUCAGAUGAAGAACUUGAUCAUGGCGCAGAAGAAGACAGUGAUAAGGAGGAUCAAGAUCUGGACAAGAUGUUUGGGGCUUGGCUUGGAGAGCUAGACAAACUCACGCAGAGUCUGGAUACAGAAAAGCCCAUGGAGUCAGUAAAAAGAUCCCCUCUUCGCCAGGAGACCAACAUCGCCAACUUUUCCUAUCGCUUUUCGAUGUACAAUUUGAAUGAAGCUCUGAAUCAUGGAGAGACUGUGGAUCUUGAUGCUCUCAUGGCAGAUCUUUGUUCCAUAGAGCAGGAGCUCAGUAGCAUUGGGUCACAGUCUGCAAACAGCACAUCUAUGAAACGCUUUGCCACAGAAGGAAAAAUAGCUCAGAAACCACCUGGUGGUGGCCGACCUGCUUCCAAACACAGUAGUAUGAAAGGAUUGUCCUCUUCAUCUAGUCGAGUAACUAAGCCUUCGCAUGCUGUCUUUUCCCUGGACGACAUUACCGCACAAUUAGAGAAGGCCUCUCUGAGUAUGGAUGAAGCAGCUCAGCAACCUAUGAUGGAAGAUAGCAAGCCUAUAGUUACUACCCAACAUAGGAGGACAGCAUCAGCAGGUACUGUGAGUGAUGCCGAAGUCCGUUCCAUCAGUAAUUCCUCCCGUUCCAGCAUCACGUCUGCAGCCUCCAGCAUGGACUCCCUGGACAUUGAUAAAGUGACAAGACCUCAGGAACUGGAUUUGACACAAGGACAGCCAGUUAGUGAGCAUAUUGUUUCUGUGGGAUGUUCCAACAAGCAAGCCAGACGUCACAUUGACUUUUUUGAAGAAGAGGCUGAAUUGGCUCCUCACUCCUAUUUGGACAGGGAAACCUCCCUCCUUCUGAGAAACAUUGCAGGAAAGCCUUCUCAUUUGCUGACCAAGGAGGAACAGGCUGCUAAGCUAAAAGCUGAAAAGAUAAGAGUUGCUUUAGAGAAAAUUAAAGAAGCACAAGUUAAAAAGCUUGUGAUUCGGGUCCACAUGUCUGAUGACAGCUCCAAGACUAUGAUGGUAGAUGAAAGGCAAACAGUAAGACAAGUGCUGGAUAACUUGAUGGACAAGUCUCACUGUGGAUUUAGCUUAGAUUGGUCUUUGGUAGAAACUAUCUCAGAAUUACAAAUGGAAAGAAUCUUUGAAGACCAUGAAAACUUAGUUGAAAACCUCCUCAAUUGGACAAGAGACAGUCAAAAUAAACUCAUGUUUGUAGAACGUAUAGAAAAAUAUGCCCUCUUCAAAAAUCCCCAGAAUUAUCUCCUGGGGAAAAGAGAAACCUCUGAAAUGGCAGACAGGAACAAGGAGGUACUUUUGGAGGAGUGCUUUUGCGGAAGCUCAGUAACUGUUCCAGAAAUUGAGGGGGUGUUAUGGCUGAAAGAUGAUGGCAAAAAGUCUUGGAAGAAGCGUUACUUUCUCCUGCGGGCUUCUGGAAUCUACUAUGUUCCAAAAGGAAAAGCAAAGGUUUCACGGGAUCUUGUAUGCUUUCUUCAGCUGGAUCAUGUCAAUGUUUACUAUGGGCAAGACUAUCGGAACAAGUAUAAAGCCCCUACAGACUAUUGUCUAGUGCUAAAGCAUCCUCAGAUCCAGAAGAAAUCCCAGUAUAUCAAGUAUCUGUGCUGUGAUGACGUCAGAACUCUACAUCAGUGGGUAAACGGAAUCCGUAUUGCUAAGUAUGGGAAACAAUUGUAUGUGAACUAUCAAGAAGCUCUGAAAAGGACAGAAUCCGCAUAUGACUGGACUUCCCUGUCCAGUUCUAGUAUUAAGUCAGGAUCCAGCUCAUCUAGUUUGCCAGAAUCUCAGUCGAAUCAUUCUAAUCAGUCUGAUAGUGGGGUUUCGGAUACCCAAACAGGACAUGUCCGUUCCCAGAGUAUUGUCAGCUCCAUCUUUUCGGAGGCCUGGAAACGGGGCACUCAACUGGAAGAAUCCAUAAAAAUUACUGCCAGAAUGGACUCGAUCAAUCGACCUUUUACUUCACUUGCACCACCUCUUUCGCCACAGACUAAAACAGCUACCCCCUAUGCAGCAUCACAACCAUCGCCUCCUCUUCCUCCACCGCCUCCUCCUCCACCUCCACCACCCCCUCCGCCCCCACCCCCUCCGCCCCCUCUCCCUAGUCAGUCUGCGCCAUCUGGAGGUGGCUCAGCCACAUUGUUUGUAAAGUACAGCACUAUAACAAGACUACAGAAUGCCUCUCAGCAUGGUGGGCUUCUCUUCAAACCACCUCUUGUGACACAGCAGCAACCACCACCACCACUUCCUCCACCAGGAAAGCUUCAGAACCUAGUGCCCCCUAAUGGCUUAGUGCCACCACCGCCACCGCCACCACCUCCCCCUACCCCAGGAUCAGCCAUGGCACAGCUCAUGAAGCCAGUGCCCUCCAACCCAUCAGUACCACAAUUCACACCUCCACCUCCUCCACCGCCACCUCUCAAAAUCCACCAAGUUCAUCAGAACAUUCCUCAACCUGUUGCUGCUUCACCACCCCCACCUCCCCCUAUGCCUGCACCCCCACCUCCACAAGCUCCUCCAAAGCCUGUCAUGACUUUGCCUACACAAAACAGCACAAAAGCUGCCUCACCUGUAGUGACACAGCCUAUACCACCUGCACCCACUCCUGUUCCUUCUGCAAUGAAGAAGCAGCCAAGUUUUACUGCUCCACAAAUUCCGUUAUCUCCUAUUCCACUAAGCCCUACACCUCCACCCACUUUACCCAAGCAACAGAGCUAUUCCAGUAAACUUCCUCCUUCCCCGCAGUCUCCUGUGCCGUUGGUUGUGAAGCAAAUAGCCAGUCAGUUUCCUCUUCCUCCCCUACCAGCUUCAGAGCCUCAACCUUUAAAGCCUGCCCCUCUGAGUAUACCACCACAGUCUCCUCCAGCAGUGAAAGCCAAGCCAAAGUGGCAGCCGACCUCUGCCCCCUCUCCUGACUUUCCUCCUCCUCCACCGGAGAGUAGCCUAGCAUUUCCUCCUCCACCUUCCCCAGCUCCAUCAGCAGUAUCUCCCACUCCGGACAAGACCGGUGGCUCUCCAGUCAAAAAAGCAAAUAAGACAUCCAGUCCUGGAGGAAAGAAACCACCUCCUACCCCUCAACGCAAUUCCAGCAUAAAAUCAAACAGCUCAGCAGAGUACCAUGAGUCUAAGAGACCUUCAGUGGACAGCCUGGUCAGCAAGUUUGCACAUCCACCAGAGCCUUCAGGGUCUCCUGCCAAGGAGUCUCCAACUCCCCCUGCAGCUCCUCCAAAACCUGGAAAGCUCAAUCUUCCAAUAGUACUUCAGCAAGCAGGAAUUUCAGCAAAAGCACCUGCUAUGGGAGCAUCUGGGAAGGGUGCUGUGGAAGAAUUUCCUUCUCCGCCAUCUGAUUCAGACUUCCCCCCUCCUCCACCUGAAAUAGAUCUUCCUCUGCCACCAGUAGAGAUUCCUGCUGUGUUUUCAGGCAGUACCUCUCCAAAGGUUGCUGUUGUCAAUCCCCAGCCAUGGUCCAAAUCGUCUGGAAAGAAAGCUCCUCCUCCAACACGGCCUAAGCGCAAUGACAGCACCCGACUCACACAGGCAGAAAUUGCGGAAUUGCAGGUUACUGUCAAUCCGCAAGUGCCCACCUCUCCCAAGUCUGGCCUUAGUGUUCAGCCUGGGUUCUUGGCCGACCUGAACAGGACUCUGCAACGCAAGUCCAUCACGCGACACGGUUCCCUCUCUUCUGCCCGGAUGUCCAGAGGAGAGCCAACUGCUACAAUGGACGAUAUGGCUUUGCCCCCGCCCCCACCAGAACUGCUCACAGACAAGCAGAAGGCUAGCAACUUUGGAGGUAGUCAUAUAUCAGGCUAUGCAACGUUACGGAGGGGCCCACCUCCAGCACCUCCAAAAAGGGAUCAAAAUACCAAGCUGUCUCGAGAUUGGUGAUGGUUAGAGAACUCUAUUUGCAUUAGCUGCCAGUAAGCUCUACAAAUGACUUAUCUAAUACACUUGUAUCGGGACUCCUUGUCUGAUAGUCGUAGUAGUGGGAGGGGAACCAACCCAUAAGUACUCCAACAGUGGCUAUGGAUGUUGAUCACAUUGUCUUUCACAGUCAGUCCAAAAAGGUUGCUGUUUGGGUUUGGUCUGUUGGGGUGAGGGGUGGGCCAAGUAUUCUGACUCUUAAAAUCCUUCAUAUGGAUUGGACCAAAACCUUUAGCAUUUUCUUCCUGUAAUCCAGGAAAACUGUUGUCUGUCAAUGUGAGACAUGUUGGUGCAUGUAUUAUAAAUGUAGGUAUAUAAUAUAUUGUGAAAUAUUUCAUUGCAAUGAUAGAGGCUAAACCAGAAUGUUUUUGUACAUCUGUAUUUAUUGUUUCAGUCAACUGAAGUAUAGAUUAUCAGAAAUUGGAUUGCACAUCUUAACUAGAAAAGUCUUUUUCCUUUAAAAAAAAUGAAGAUUAUUUGGGGGCACUUUAAAUAAAAAAACCUCUUUGGGCAGUUAAUCACGGGUAUACAGUGCUGACAAAUUCCAUCAGUAUCUGUACAUUGUCAAUAGAUUGGGAAAUACAGACAUAACCUACCAAAACAUUCUGGUCAUUAAUACUACUGAGAUUAAAUCCAUACAUAGGCAAAGGAGAGUGUUGCUGUACAGUGGGGACAGGGGUUAAAUAUAUUUGGACUUCAAAAUAAAGGCAUUCCCUUAUAGAAUUAUUAAGGGAAGGAUUGAUAAAAUGAAACUGCUCAAGAAUUCACUGCCCUUUGACACUAAAGGCUUCAAUCCUAUGCAAUUUACCUGGAAGUAAGCCCCAUUGAACACAGUGGAACUGACUUUAGAGUAAACAUGCAUAGAAUCUGGCUAGAAGUCUGCAAUCCUUAGUCACACUUAAUAGAAAGCAAGUUGUAAUGAGCUCAGUGGUGUAUACUUCAGAGAGAUCAUGCUAUACAUAGAAUAAAUAUACACCAUUUGAGUCUAUUAUACACUUUUCCUUACAGGUCUAUCUAUUUUGCAUUUAAAUAGGAAAGGUGCAUCUACGAACUCCAAUCAAAAACAUUCAGGGUGUACUGCAGUCAUGUCAGACCACAAAUUAUGUUUUAGGUUAGUGGUGUUGCUGCUCACCCAGAUUAUACUCAAUGUGCAAGCUAACACAUGGCCAGUGCUCAUGCAAAUAUGACCCUAAUUUUUACAAAUUUAAAGGGAAUACGUUGCUUAAGCAUUCAUCAGUAGCUAGUUGAAGUGCUUUGCAGAGAAGAGGGCAUGGCGAGUGACCCAUAUGAAACAUGGCCUGUUAAUUAAAGUGAACUUUGGGACACUUGGAGGACUACAACAAUAUUAGACUUUGCAUACCAGAAGCCGUGUGAAUGAUAUGAGGAGUCUUUUCUGCUAUCUGAGAUUGCUUGGUUGGUAAACAACUUCUUGUACUAAGCAUUUGUGAUGAAAGAGUGCUACACUAAGUGAUGUAUUUUUGAGGAAUUUCUAGUUCUGAAACAGUUCAGUAUUGCAUAUGUAAUAUGGUUACAGCCAGAGUAGCACUUGUGCAACUAGCUCCUAGUGCAAGGCCUCUUCCCUGCCUGUUCCUUCCUACUGAAGCUCUUAAAGCCCCUUGCUGAGCACUGGUGGACCCGUUUCAAUGUCAUGGGAAUACCUGGCACCCUAUCGAUGUAAAAUCUUAGUACUGGCCACCUUAACAGAUUUAUCUAACAUAAAUUGCAUAUCAUGAGUGCAGUGCGUGUGGUGCCUGUGGGGGGGGUGAGAGAGAUCACAAUAUUUACUUGUACUUUCAACAUACAUUAUUUAAAGGUGUUCUGUCAAAACAGAGGUGUUAACCUUUCUGUUUUAAGUGCCAGAAAUGACCACAGUCUUGUCAUUUUUUUUAAAAGCUACAAUUGGGUAUCAGAGUUAGGGUUACUCUCGCCUCCUGAUCCUUGUUUGUAUUUUGAAGAAAAGUAUUCAAAUGAGGGUCAUUGUGAAGGCUAACAGGAAACAUUUUUGCCCUAGAAAGAGCUUCAAGAACUUUGUAUACAGUUUGGAUGAAAAGGGCCUCAAACACAGAAAAGGAGUGGUGCGGUACCAUCCGACAGUUGAAUCUGCGUGUUUUUCUCUUUCCCCAAAUGUACCAGGGCAUAGUUUUUCCUAUUUUAGAAUAGUUUACUUGAGCAAUAAGAAUAUACCAUUGUGUGCAUUUUUAAAACACUACUGUUGGAAGGCACCUUUUUGUAUCUUUCAAGUGUUGAAAGUUUGGUUUCUAUUUUUGUGCUUAUAAAGUGUCCUUAAAACCAUUUGCAUUACUGCAUUUUAGCAUGUUUAGUAUAUCUGGAUAAUGUCUUGUAACAAGAAUAUUGAUACCUAUAAUGCAUUGGUGCUCUAACUUUAUUGUUCCUGCUGCUGUCUGGACCACUUGCUGGCCUGGAGAAUGAACACAUCAUUCAGGUGCCAUGAAGAGCGUACCCAAAUUUAUUCCAUGUUGGAUAGCAACCUCUCAAGCAGGAGUGAAGGCCAGCUGAAGAAAUGUGUGAGGUGGCUUUUGGGUAGCAAAAUCAGUUGACAUUUCUGUUGCAUGCUUUUAUUCACUUGGAACAGGUACCUUGGGGGUGAUGUGGUUUCCCCCCUAACUUUGGGAAAGCACUGUUGUAAUUGUGAAAACUAACCAAUAUCUGCUUGUGACAGAAGUACACUUAUGUUAGUAAUGUGCGUAGACCAUGAAACCUGGUGCAUUAGUGGAUGUCUUCAAGCAGUCUCUGACAAAAAGCUACUGGAUUUGGCUCCCAAAGUAAGUAUCAGCAGAGGCAGCCAUUACUUUCCUUGGAGAAAUGUUAAUGUUCUUGGGUUUCCAAAUUUUACAGGUCAGUUUACACCAUUUACCCGAUGUAUGUAAACUUUAUAGCCACAUUUUUAAACGUCUUUAGUUCCUUGCCUAUUUUGAUUUUGGCUAAUUGGUACGGUGUGAUGCUUUCCCAUUUGUUACUGUGUCUCAUGUCAAUUUUAGCCUUAAUCAAGGGCUAAAAACUGCCUAUAAUAAGCACUGAAACACAACCAGUUAGCAAAGAUUAGAUUACAUUAUUGUUCAGCAGAACAACACAGUUGCAGUUCCAGCUAUAGUAGGUGGGAUAGCUUUGGCACAAAGAUGUGUGUCCUGAACUUAGUUCUGCUGACAUUUCUUCUCAAAUUCCUCUCAUAUGCUACUUAAGGAUUAAUAUCAGUCCUUGAUUGAGCUUCCAGGUUUAUGUAGAAGAAAUGUUGUAUUAUACCUCUGCAGUGACUUGAAAAAAACAACAACAAAACCACCUUCACAAGCUGUGUGAUACACAGAAAUAAGAGUGGUCUUACGGAAAGGUUGAGUUGAGACAGCCAGGUCAGUAACACAAUUUAAAAUGUAGCACAACAUGGACCAGCUGCUAAGAUAUCCUAAACUUCUUAAGUAACAGCAGCUGAACUCAUAGCUGCUUAACCUUCACCACAUGUCAUGAAGAUGCAAAUGUUGUUAUGGGGUAACACUGUACCCCACAUUGGCCAGCCUUGCCAUGGCAGAGAUGCACAAGUAUUUACUGUUGAAGGUGCAUCCAUUAUGCUUUGCUCUUCUCCUGUUCUCUUGUUUGGUCAUCACACUUGCUUUUCUGUCCUUGCAGGGAGGAAAAGGGCAAUGCCCAUAUUUAUAGGCAAUGAUGACUGGCUGACAUGGGACUUCUUAUUUUGAAAGGUCCAAAGUGCAAUGACUUGGCAAGAAUGCCAAGGUUGAACACAGGUGAUAAUGAUUUUUUUUUCCCGUGUCCAGGGGUGACAUGGGGUCAGUUAACAAUGUUAGGUGUUAUGGGGUUGUCAUUGUUAGAUGAGAUUGUUCCAAAGUUGUCACUAUGGUGAACUUUGAAUGCACCCUGGCCCAUAAGAGACCUUGGGUUAGGGCGGUAUAAAAAUGUAAUAAAUAAAUAAAUAAAAUAAGUCAGCCAAACAAAACUUGAAAAGGAAAACCAAGUCCUAGAAGAAUAUAUUUCACUAAAAAGUGGGUGUUUUGCAAGUUAACUCACUCAGGGGUAUGACUGUAAUACAGAAAUACCCCAUGACAGCUGGUGAGGGUUUUUGUCCAUCAGUGAACUGAAAGUUAACAUCAGCUGCUUUUCUUUAAUCCAUAUUUUGAUUAGAAAAGUGAGUUUUCUAGUCACAUGAUACUGGAACACUACAAAUUGGCCUCAAGCACUAUAUUUGGUAUACAUUUGGAUUUAUUUUUUUAAAGAUAAAGCCACAGUAAACUUUGACACUAAAAUCUGUUUAACAUUAAAUGGUUUGAGUUCUGUCCAGUACUAUAAUCUUACUUCCUAAACUGAAAUAGGGAGCAGCUACUUGUCCUUACUCCAUAGAGUAAGGUUACUACUUACAUAGACAAGUUACUAAUUUUCUAAAAGAAGUAUCCUUCCUUUUCUGAAUGGCUCACACCUAACUGGAAGUGUAGAUAGCGUCAUUGCCAUUGUGAUAUGCUGAAUCGGCUUUCAUCCAACACGCUAGCUUUUUUCUUUUACAAAGAAAAAGGUGUUACUCUACCCUUCAGAACCCAACUGACUAUUUUAAAAGCAUUAAAUCAUUUGCAACCUUACUAAUGUAUGUAAUAUACCCUUGAGUACCUCCUUUACAAACAGUCUAGUGGGAUUCAUUUGAGGUAUGGCUCUUGGAAAUAAUGCACCCAUGAAGGUGCCUUUUGCUUAUUGCCCUACUUCCCCGUCUCUUGAGGUAAAUAAGCUCCUGCUUAUUUGUUCAUUUUCCUAUAUGAAGAGCAACCUUGUCCGUGCUCCUACAUGGGGGAAGAAAUGUGAGCCAGACAAAUCUUCUAGGCCUCGGCAUGCCAUACAGAGCACCUAGCUCAUGUUACUUUCCUCACAGUUGUGGCAACAGGUCCCCUUUUCAUGGGGGAAUUUUGAAUGUAUGAACCUUGUGUAAGCACUUAACACCUCACCAGCGUGGUGGUGGUGGUUCAGUCAGCCUCCUUGGGUUGGGCUUUCUGGAACACCAAGUCUCUUUGAUAGACAUGCCCUAAGCAACUAAUAGAAAAGCCCCAGCAUAACUGGGCUUCUCUGCGGUCUACCAAAGAAAUACAGGAUAGUCUGUUGUUCUCUCCCAAUGCCUCUCUGUCAAGCUUACUUCUAUACCUAUUACAGACCCAGGCCAUAUUCAAAAAUAACAUACGCUGACCAGAAUGUGCAUUUGCCUUGGUUUUAGUGUGGGUUAUAAAUGUCAGAACAAUGCCUAUUACUGACUCUGUGGGUAGUAUAAGAUGCUGCAGCACAAAGUAUGUAUUUUAUCAUCUGAAAAUGGGAUGGGAUGUCUGCUUUUUCCUGUAUUACAUAUUUUGUAAUUGUAAAUUGUGGGGAAGAACCAUUAGCUUUGUUUUGUAGCCAUUGGUAGCAGUCAAUGGUGAUAAUCCUUGUAAACUGAUUAUGCACAUGUAAAACACCGAUGUUGCAACAAUGAUUUUGUUUGUGCAGCAGUUUGUGCUAAGUGCUGUAAAUACAUUAUGAUGUUUACUGCUUUAACAGAAAAAAGUUGCACACUGCAUUUUUCUUUGAGUGGGAGUGCCUCCCCCAAUCCUGUCCCUUUAAGAAAUCAAAGCUCAACAGGUGGUAACACGGAUGAGAAGAGGUUUGUUUUAUAUAAAUAUUAUAUAAAUAUGUAUAAAUAUACUUUUCUAAGCAUGGGAGAAAUACAAAAUGCAUUCAUGACAAAGUACCCAGUCAAAAUUAUGUGGAAUAUGCACAAGUCAAUAAAAAUGUAGUUAAAUUUG